AUCAGGCUAACAACUCAAGACCUAAAUUACGAAGAAGCAGAGAACUAGCUGCCGUGAUUCAGUCACAACCUCCAUCUGUUUAUACAAACGUGCAAGUUGAUGUAUGCGCGUUUUAAACUUUGGAUUCAGGAGAAGGGAUAGGUCUGUUUGGAUAAGCGAGAGUUUAGAAAUAUGGUCCUAAAUCAAAGCCAUAUUCUGUUUUAUGUAUUCUUAAUGAGGAGGACAUACAUCAGUGUGUAAAACCUCAGAGCUCCAAUGAAAACUAUCUCAGAUCGUCGAAGAAACAAAAAAAACGGCCGGAGAAUUUUAAAAUGAACCCCAGCGUGUGCUUUGAGAGGAGGAAGCGGACCUUGAAGCUGCUCUGCUCGGUGGCGCUGCUCGCGCUGUCGCUGUCCGGGGACGCGGACGGGAGGAAGGUGCGCGGCAGCCGCGCGCAGCCGCGUCGCGCACAGCCGCCUGCCCAGUUCAGGGAGAGGAGUGAAGCCACCGAGAGCUUUCCGCUGGAUUUCACGGCGGUGGAAGGCAACAUGGACAACUUCAUGACCCAAGUGAAGAACCUGGCGCAGUCCCUGUACCCUUGCUCGGCGCAGAAGCUCAAUUAUGAUAUGAAGCUGCAUUUUUUGGAGAAUGCGACAGUGACGUGCAACGACGGGACCCCGGCUGGGUACUACAUGCGGGAGUCCAAGGGCAGCAGGAGGUGGCUCGUCUUCCUGGAAGGAGGCUGGUACUGCUUCGACAAGGAGAACUGCGGCAGCCGCUACGAGACCAUGAGGAGGCUCAUGAGCUCCACCAAGUGGCCGCAGAGCAAGACGGGUACAGGCAUCCUGUCGCCACAACCAGAGGAAAACCCCCACUGGUGGAACGCCAACAUGGUGUUUAUUCCCUACUGCUCCAGUGAUGUGUGGAGCGGCGCCUCACCCAAGACGGACCAAAAUGACUACGCCUUCAUGGGGGCUCUGAUCAUCAAAGAGGUGGUGAAGGAACUUCUCACCAAGGGCCUGGAGGGAGCCAAGCUUCUGCUAUUGGCUGGGAGCAGUGCUGGUGGCACCGGCGUCCUGCUCAACGUGGACCGGGUGGCGGAGCAGCUGGAGGAGCUGGGUCACACCGGCAUCCAGGUCAGGGGCCUGUCCGACUCGGGCUGGUUUCUCGACAACAAGCAGUACCGCUGUACCGACUGCUCGGACCCCAUCAGCUGCCCCCCCACCGAGGCCAUCCGGCGCGGCAUCAGGUACUGGAACGGUGUGGUCCCAGAGAGAUGCCGGCAACAGCACGAGGGCGAGGAGUGGAACUGCUUCUUUGGGUACAAGGUGUACCCCACCCUAAAAAGCCCUGUGUUCGUGGUGCAGUGGCUGUUUGAUGAGGCCCAGCUGACCGUGGACAACAUCCACCUGACGGGGCAGCCGGUCCAGGAAGGCCAGUGGCGCUACAUCGAGAACCUGGGCAACGAGCUGCGGAACACACUGAAGGAUGUCCCGGCCAUGUUUGCUCCCGCCUGCCUGUCUCAUGAAGUCAUCACCCGGACGUACUGGAUGGAUGUCCAGGUUAAGGGAGUCUCUCUGCCAAGGGCUCUGCAGUGCUGGGACCGAAGCCUCCAAGACAGCAGCAAGAACAAGUCCACGCUUAAGGGCUGCCCGGUGCACCUGAUUGACAGCUGCCCCUGGCCCCACUGCAACCCCACCUGCCCCACCAUCCGGGACCAGUUCACGGGCCAGGAGAUGAACGUGGUACAGUUCCUGAUGCACAUGGGCUUCGAUGUGCAGAAGAUGGCCCAGCAGCAGGGCAUGGACCCCGGGAAGCUACUGGGCAUGCUCAGUUCUGGCAGCUAAACAGACAGCCAGAAGCCCCGCCCUCUCAGUGAAACAUCCCUUCCCUCUCAUUUGUCCAUCAUACCAGCUGACCAACCAUCACCUUCCACCCAUCUACAGCCUGUCUUCUUUCUCUUCUAUUUAAAAUUUGCACACACCUACCCUGAUUCCUGCUCCCCGAACCCAAACCACGCCCCUUUCUAACAUAGCCACACCCCCUCCACCAGUGUCCAUCCCCUAUGGCCUACCCCAAACCAGAGAGACUGGACCCUAAGACAGGGAGCCGCCACCAUGGCAACAACACGGCCAGUCACAACCCUCCGCUAAUUCCUCUCAAAAUUAUCUUUUGGUCGUAAAAGACUAAAGAAAGAAACACAUAAUGUGACAAAUGUAAUCCCGUUUUAAGGAUAUCGCGUUUUAAAUCAUUUUCUACACCUUUAUGGAAAAAAGCUAUAAGGUAUAAUAAAUAUAUGGAUAAGUAUGCACCUGUAAUGGAGCCAAUCAGACACUGUAACUCUGUAGGUGACAGAUGAUCUGUUCUGCCUUUGAGGAGGACUCACCGUAAGAGAUGUGUUUCCACUGUCACCAAGAACCGACUCGUGCCACGAAGAUCUUACAUAGUAACUUCUGUGAGCCGUACCGGGCUGAUAUGGGCCUGCAUGCUAUCAGGGCCGAAUGCGUGACCAGAGCCGCUCGCGUCACCACAAUCUGAUUGGUCGCAAUGCAUGGAGAUACCGGUGCUCUGCGCGUGGAUUAUCUAAGGAAAAAGGGCAUAUUCUACACAUUAUUUAUUACUAGUAGUGUCACAGAUCACGAUGUAUCGAUCCAUUACUGACAUUUCGGAACUUGAAAAUUUCCAACCACCCAAUUAACAGUGCUAUAGAACAGCUGAACGGAAUGGAUCCGUAAUGCAGAUUUAUACAAGCGAAUGCUAAUCCCGUUGGCAUUUAAUGGCAACGUAACAUGGAGAUUCUCACAGACAUGCUAGUGCAGUAAUAAUAAUAAUUGCAGAUUGUAAUUCAUGAU